UUAAUGUUCUUCGAAGCGAUAGUAAAAAAUUGUCCAACAAUUCCCCGAUUAAUCGAAAGUUCUUUCAAAACAGCUUCAAAUCAGAAGCAAUUUCAUCAGAAGAAAACGGCGAGCCGCAUUCUUGAACGUACUUGACAUCUGGUGCUAUUCUAGGCCAUUUUACUUCGUCCUGCGCGAACUCACGAAGUGUCUUCGCAGAUAGUAAGUGUAUUAAUUUUCCGUUUCUUCACGCGACAAGAUCCCAAUUAGAAUCGUGAUAUUAUCCCGAUUAUUAAACAAUGGCAGGUAGAUUAUUCGCGAGUCGCUUGCGACCCGUUAUCCAAAUACAAAGAUGCGGAUUGCUGACAGUGGAUAGAAUCGGUAAUAGAGAUGUGGUUGGCUAUGGAUUCAAUGGUGAACCCAGUUACAUAGAUCGAGUAGAUUUCCCCUGUCCUGCAAUACGUUGGAAGGAAAAUACCCCUGAUGUGAUGGCGCUGAGAGAGAAAGAAAAGGGAGACUGGAAGAAGCUAUCUAUUGAAGAGAAGAAAUGUUUAUAUCGUGCUAGUUUUCGCCAAACAUUUAGCGAAAUGGAAGCACCGACAGGAGAGUGGAAAGGCAUUAUUGGAAUAUGUUGCUUAUUUAUAAGCUCUGCCAUAUGGUUAUUCCUGUAUUUCAAAGUAUUUGCUACUCCAGAAUUACCAGAAACAUUCUCGUUAGAACGUCGAUUGGCACAAUUAGAGCGUAUGAAGAAGCUUGACAUGAAUCCGAUCGAUGGACCCUUUGCUCGAAAGUUGAAAGAAAAUUAAAUUAUCUAUUCUUGAAUAAAAUAUAGUCUCACUAUGUACAGUAAUUCUUUCCUUGAACACUUGUAUAUACGUACAAGUGGCUAAAAUUUAAUAAAUGCCAUGUGAUUACAUUAGAACAUCAUUAAUAUUAAUCAGCAUAUUAAAUUAUAUGUGAAAUGUAUAAAUAUAAAUUAGUAUAUUAAAAAUUGUAUGAAAAUGUAAA